AUUCAUCUCCAAUCUCACUAUAGUCCUCUGGCCACGACUGAUACUGGGAACUUCUCUUGUGUGGCAUCUACUUAUUCUCCCUCUCAAUACAUCACUCCCAGUGACCUCGGAGAACCUGAUCAGGAUACAGUAACUGUGACUGCUCUUCCUGCUCCAAUUGUGUCCAUCAGUUUCACCGGAGACCCUACAGCAGGCAGCGAGAACUACACCAUUUCUUGUUCAGCUGAAGUGGUGCCUGGUCUGGUGGUGGAGCCUGACUUGAACAUUGUGUUCCCUGACUCAAAUGUCACAUCGGUAGAGAAUAAUAGUUCAUUGCAGCAUACCUUCUCUCCUCUGAGAACGUCAGAUGGAGGCAGCUACAACUGUACU